UUUUGGUAACACCCCAGAACUCCGAGUCCCCUAACUGAAUUCGACUUCUGUUUUUAUUCCUCUCUUGCUUCCUCCUCUGCCCGCCUCAUCUGAUUGAUGUGCGAAGGCUGAUGCCUCUGCCAGAGCGAGAGGAAUAAAUAGAUGCCGCCUCGCCGCGAGGCUUAGACGCCUGCGGAGAGCAGCCGGCGCAGCGAGGCAGCGGGCUCCGCCGAGCUCGUGGACCGCAGCGGGAGGACGUGGGUCCGAGCGAGCCGUGCUUGUCCGCCCCGCGCCACCCCGCCGGGACCAUGGUCUGCAGCGGCCCGGGACGGAUGCUGCCGCCGCGCGCCGGGCUGCCGGUGCUGGCUGCCGCGCUCUGCCUGCUCCGGGUGCCCGGGGCUCGGGCGGCGACCUGCGAGCCGGUCCGCAUCCCCCUCUGCAAGUCCCUGCCCUGGAACAUGACCAAGAUGCCCAACCACCUGCACCACAGCACCCAGGCUAACGCCAUCCUGGCGAUCGAGCAGUUCGAAGGUCUGCUGGAGACGCGCUGCAGCCCGGACCUCCUCUUCUUCCUCUGCGCCAUGUACGCGCCCAUCUGCACCAUCGACUUCCAGCAGGAGCCCAUCAAGCCCUGCAAGUCCGUGUGCGAGCGCGCCCGGCAGGGCUGCGAGCCCGUUCUCAUCAAGUACCGACACUCGUGGCCCGAGAGCCUGGUCUGCGACGAGCUUCCGGUGUACGACCGCGGGGUGUGCAUCUCUCCCGAGGCCAUCGUCACCGCGGACGGGGCCG